AUGCACGUCUCCCGUAUCAUCGCACACGUUGCUUUAGCGACAGCCAUCGCCGCUUCGACGGCUAGAAUCACUGAUGCCGCUUGGGGCUGGACGACCGAAGACACCAGCGAGUUGAAAUCCAAUCAACUUGAAAACUAUCACAUUCAGCGUAAUUUGGGAGCUGGUGGAGGUCUUCGUGGCACGGAGGAGCAAACUACUCCGACUAACACUCCCGGCUCCGAAACUUCUAUGCCGGCUGACACCCCAUUCUCUGGAAACCCUGCUAAUUCUUCGCCGAGUAGCACCCCAAAUCCUGGAUUUCCAACUUCGAUGCCAGGCAGUCCCCCACCCGGAUCUAUGUCACCUAGCAAUACUCCGUCACCCGGUGCUCAUACUCCAGCCUUUAAAGCAGCUGCAUCCCAUCCUGUAUUACUUUGA